GCUGAGAUACUAACGAUCGACGCGGUCUUGUACUUAUUUCCUAUCGAUCGAUUGGCGCCCGAAGUGGAGUAAUAAACUCGGAGUCUUGCCAAAUCGCUAGAUAUCGUCUAUACUACUGGUGUACAUUCAACCACCUCGUCGGUAUGAGUGGCGUUCUGCGUCGCGGUUCCCUGAAUUUCGAUUGCGUGGGCGGACCGCGGGACAAGGGCAGGGGCAGCCUGGAGGCGAACCUGUAUGGCGGAUAUCGCGAAACAAGGCCGGGCCCAAAGACUCCGGAAAUCAGCGUCAUAGCAUUGGACUUUCGACGGUACUCCGAGGACCUGAAGAAACCACCUUCAGCGGAGCAAGGGGAGCAGCCGCCGAGCAGGGAUCUCAGCCAGGAUGUGGACAGCGAUGUGAUAUCGAAUUUCCUGGGACACUACACCCGCUGGAGUUUUCUUUGGACCCUGCUGCUCUGCCUGUUCCAGCUGCCCACCACUUUCCACCUGUUCAUGUUUGUCUUCCAGCUAACGGAUGUGAGAUCGGGCGAGGCCUCGCCCAUGUUGGCGAAUGGGAACAUGGAGAACCUAGAUCACCUGCACACCAAGCUCCUGGAGCGGCUCCUGGGCUGCCUUACGCCCUGGCAGGGCAUGUGGUGCGCCCUGCUCUCGAUCUUCCAGGCCAUCUGCACCUUCCACAUAUUCGUCUACGUGUUCCAGAUUGCCCCAAAGGACUUUUGGUGUGCCCGACCGGAAAACCUCCAGCAGAUGGGCGUAUCCGAAUGGCGCAACAUAAGCCAGUCCUCCAAUGGCUGCCUGCUCCUUGAUGUGGACUACUCCCAGGUGACCUACGAGAACAACCAGCUCAUCAACUGGCCCGAGAAUGCCACAAAUCUGGGCUACCGGCAGUGCUGGCACUUUGAGUUCUCCGACGAGGAUGGAUCGGCCAAGACGCUGGUGCAGGAAUUUGAACUGGUGUGCGGACGCGACAUCCUCAGCCUGGUGGAAACCUGCUUCCUGGUGGGCGCAGCAGCGGGAGCUGUUCUCAGCGGUUGGAUAUCGGAUCGCUUCGGCAGGAGGCACACGCUAAUGGCUUUCGUCACUAUUCAGAGCGUGUUUGGUGGAAUUUUGGCCUUCUCAACAUCGGUGGCCAUGUUCAUGUCGCUACGUGUUAUAAUUGGAUUCGCAUCAAUGACCGUGACUGUUGUGAGCUUCGUGCUGGUGGUGGAGCUGGUCUCCGGCAAGUGGCGCACCGUAAUCGGCAUUCUCAACAUUCUGCCCGUGGCCAUCUCCUACGUCCUCUCCGCCGGACUGGCCUACCUCAUCCGCGACUGGCGGCACCUCCAGCUGGCCAUCUCCUGGCCGUGGCUAAUCAUGCUCAGCAUUUGGUUCUGGCUGCCGGAGUCUCCCCGCUGGCUUUUGGCACAGGGCCGGCUGGAUGAGCUGUGCGGGCUAAUUGAGAGAGCUGCCCGAAUGAAUGGCACCAGCGACAGUUUGCCCAGCAACUAUCGCAAGACCCUGGAGGCGGCGGUACCGCGGUCAGUCCAAUCUCCACCAGAAGCAACGGCUACAACGGGCGUAGAGUCGAAGGCAGUCGAAGCGGAUGCACAGGAUCCUAGUGCAAGUGGCCCUGUGAAUCCGCUGAUGGUGGUUUUCAGCGCCAAGUACUGGCGCACCACUUGCCUAACCCUGGUCAUCUGGCUGACACUGAUCAUCAUUUACUUUGGACUCACCUUGCACCUCAGCAAUUUGGGUGGUAAUAUCUACAUCAAUAGUGCCGUGGCUGGAACCGUGGAGGCCGUGUCCAUUUGCAUUAGCAUUCUGGUGGUUUUGAAAGUCGGAAUCCGACGAAGUCUCAUUGGUUACAUGUUGUUGCCUGGGCUUUGCUGCUUAGCCACGAAUUUGGUGUCGAAUCAAACGGGUGUAAUUGCACUGGCCACCAUAGCCAAGUGUCUCAUUGGAGCCAACAACGCCAUCAUUCCCACCUACACGGCGAUGCAAUAUCCCACAAUAGUUCGAAACUUUGGCGUUGGCAUGGGCAACCUGGCAUCGGGCAUUGCCCUAAUCCUUGUGCCCUUUCUCUGGCAACUGGAGCACAUUGAUCCCCUGCUGCCCUUGAAUGUGAUGGGAGUUUGUGGCCUGAUUGGCGCCGUUGCCAUCAGCCUUAUGAAGGAUGUGGAAUAACCAAGAGCUGCAAUAGGAAUUGGAAUUUUAAGAGAAACCAGAGCUGAUUUUCCGUUUUGACAUGCCUAACUGUGAUAUUUAUUGGACCUAUGGGGACAUUGCGCACCCGCACUAAAUCGUUUCUUCUCAUUCUAUCAUUAACAUUGAUUUUAUAUUGUUGAUAUACAUAUGAUUUUAUUUAUACUUUCAUUGCAUUAAAA